AUGUCAAGAAGCAGCAGCGAGGAGACUCAAGGUCCCGGCCUUGAUGAACUGGUUUCGUCCGGUUAUGGAGUAGAUGCCGCCACCAAAUUGACCCCCGAGGAGAGUGUCAUUGCAAUGCACGUUCGGAAAAAGGUCGAUUAUCGUAUCUUGCCCAUAACCCUCGUUGUAUACAUGUUGGAUUUUCUCGAUCGUAACAACUAUUCGACAGCAAGGUUGCAAGGCCUUGAAGCUGACCUAGGCCUAACAGAAUCCGAAUAUCAGGCAGGAAAUCUUAUUUCUGGUGCCUUCGCCUCGCUUAUCGCCGCUGGAAUUCUAGAGGGGAUUGGCCAUGCUCGAGGGCUCGCUCCUUGGCAGUGGCUCUACCUUGUGACAGGGCCAGUGACAAUACUCGUAGGGCUCUUCGUAUGGAUUCUCUUGCCUGACUUCCCCGAGAACUGGAAAGGGUUAUCUCCCGAGGAACGCAGGGUGGCUAUCCUCCGAGUGGCUAUCGAUGGAUCCCAGGCAGACAUCGACGAACCCGGCAUGACACAGUUGAAGGGCCUCCGAAUGGCUCUCACUGACGUGAAUACAUAUGUUCUCGGCCUUGCGUACAUGUGUAUAAUUGGAAGUGUCGGUUUCGGGCUCUUUCUUCCAUCGCUCACGGCAUCACUAGGAUACAGCCACACAGUCUCGCUGCUCCUAUGCACCCCUCCAUACAUCUUUAUGACGAUAUGGCUCAUUGUUCAUUCUUGGCUGUCGGAUAAAUGGAACAGUCGAUUUUGGUUCUACAUGUACCCGCUCCCGAUAUCGAUAGUCGGCUUCGUCGUCUUCAUGACGGCGGAUCAGGCCAUGUUUACUGCUCGGUAUGUCAGCUUAUUUCUCAUGCCCUUCACCUCAGCCAGUGCAGUCAGCGCCUUUUCGUGGGUCUCUUCAUCAAUCUCUCGGCCUCCAGCAAAGCGAGCAGCUGCCUUUGCCAUCAUCAACUGUUUCGCCACCAGUGCCAGCAUCUGGGUUCCAUUUGUGUACAUCGCCCCACGGUACACAAUGGCGAUGAUCAUCAACAUAGUUCUCUGCGUUUGCGCCGGGAUACUUGGCAUUGUCCAAUUGUAUGUGCUCGUGUGGCGUAACAGAAAGCUUGCUCAGAUCGAGGAGGCCAGCAUCCCAGCUAGCCCGGGACGAGAUGAUGUUCGAAUAGAGGGAUCUGCGACCAAGGAUGUAGAAAAAUUAUCGAAAAAGGGUCUCAAUCGAGGGUUUCGCUAUAUGCUCUGA